UCGAGCUCAGUCGCACCUGGAAUAAUAAUAUCACGAAAUCAUGAUUAUUUAAAUCAGCGCGGAUCAAAUCACACACAUGUUUAACAUGAAGAAAGGUUCGCUGAAUAUCUUUGGUCGGAAGAAUCAAUCUCUAUUCGGCAACAAUGUGGAAAUCAAGGAAAUGAGUAAUGUGGAGCUGGUGUUGGACUCGGCUGCCAUAUCAGAAUCAGGAACAGCUAAAGUUCGUUCUCGGCCGACUGUCAAACACUUCACGUCGUCUGAUGGUGUGCAGGGCUUUGCCGUUCCAACUCCAAAGGUUCCGGUUCUACCGCCCUUCCACGAACCCAAAAUGAAUGGUACAGAAAGUACUGCAAAGCUCAGGAAUGGAGGAAUGCUUUCCAUCCCUGACAUGAUCGAGGGGGAAAUACUUGUACCUCCUCCACCCAGCUCAGCCCCUCCUCCCCCUCCAUCAUUUAUCCUGCCCCCUUCUCAGUUUUUUGGUGAAAUAGAUCCUUCUAUAGACCUUGCCAGCCUGAAGCCUCCUCCAAUGCGGCCCCCAAAGCCUCCAUCACAAAGCGGUUCUGAGUACAGUGCAGAUGUGGACCUUGCUUUCCUGAAACCUCCUCCAAUGACUCCUCCAAAAGUUCCAUCUGAAACGUCCAGCCUCAGAGGGUCCAUCUCCAGUCUUGAUAUCCAAGAUAUCCCUGAAUGUCCUAAAUUCACCCCACCACCUCCCCCUGGGAUGAAACCCCCACACGUUUUACCCAAAGCCCAGAAAGUGCUGCCUCCGAAACCCAUCAGGUUGUCCUCCAUAGCUAAUAUGGAGAUCCAGCCCCAAGCACCAACCCCGUCCGCAGCCUCCACCCCAAUGCUGUCCAGCUUUAACUCCCAGAACACCCCAACACUUUCUAGCUUCAACCCCCAGAACACCCCAAAGCUGUCUAGCUUCAACCCCCAGAACACCCCAAAGCUGUCUAGCUUCAACCCCCAGAACACCCCAAAGCUGUCUAGCUUCAACCCCCAGAACACAGCCAAACUCUACAAUGUGCAAAAGAGCACAGUACUAAGUGGACAAGACAAGGAAAAGCAAGUUCAGUCCAUUCUUCUACUAGAAGACUCUACCGGAAACCCAGUUGGUCUUCAUGUCAAUGGGAACGGUGGGAAGAGUUCAGGAUCUUUCAAACCAGUCCAGUCGGUGGUGCCACCCACCAAACCAGCCCGUCGCAGCAGCACCGCAAAUCUACUGCAAAAUGACCAGCCAGACUCGGCGGACAAUUUCCAGGUUGAUGCUUCAAGUCAAUCAGCCAAAUCAGAGACCAAAAUCAACCCUGAACCUGUGGCAGCCCCUACCCCACAAAACAUCCCCUACGAGACUCCAACACCUAUCAAAGUCUCGCCCAUAAUAGAGAAGAAGCCUGCAGUUCUACCUGAUGUUAGCCAGCUGAAGCCUGAGGUUGAGUUACCUGGCAGAUCUCACAGGUACAGUCCUAUCCUGAACCACCGACAGCUCAACAAGAGAGGUGUAGAGGGCUCGGCGAAGAAAGAGUCUUCAGCAUCACCCUUUGCCCUACUGAUGGCUGCCAAGGAAAGAGACAAGCAGAGAAAAAAUCUAUCCCCACAGAACAGCAGCUCGGCUGAGCCGCUGAACUCUGUGAUUCAACCCAGCCCAACCCAACCAAACUCCUUUACAGUCAGUCCUCGAGACCCAAUGUUAGACAGACCUACUGUUGAACUAAAACCUGCUACAAACAUGCAACCAGUCGUCCCACCAUCCCCAAAAGCUGAGAUUCCAAAUGUGUCUUUUUCAAAGCCUGUUCUAAAUCCUGCCCCUCAUCUGAGCUCCACCACUAAGCUAAACCCCACCCUUCAAUCAAGCUCCACACCUCAGCUAAGCUUUGCCCCUCAACAAAGCCAUUCCCAUCGUCUGAUGAAUGGCUCAGUUGUGGGGCAGGGUGUCCCAGUUAGGGAUGUUGAAAGCGGAGAAGACAUGCCCUUCCUUCCACCACCCCCUGAAUUUGCCAACUCCGACCCUGACGACGAACCUCCAGUUCCCCCGCCAAGUCACCUCGCUCCCGUCCCCCCUGUGAAAACUGCCCCUUUACCUGCCAAACCUUCCUUACCUGCUCCACCUGCUCCACCAACUAACAGCUCUCUAAUCACUCCCAAACCUAAACUGCCCAGCUGUCCUCCUAAAGCCCCGGGCCCUCCACCAAAUGUCCUACCUAAACCUCCUGUUCAAACUAAACUUGCCCCACCGCCUGCACAAGCCACUCCAUCUGUCACAGCUAAUCAGGCGACGCUUCUCAGCAUCCUGCAGAAAAAGAUGUUAGAAAUGGACCCAAAGUUCUCAGAUGUCAAAAAGGUGGAUUUCAAUGACGACUGGAACUCUCCGCUGUCUGAUGAUGAGGGUACGUCAUGCCCUGCUGGAUCCAAACCUGUGCAAAACCGUAGCAACACACUGCCAGCGCAACCUCGUGGUCUGGACAUGAAGGAACUCGAAACUAAAGCUGCCAAAAAGGCUCAAAACUUUGCCAAUUCAACUAAAUCACAGAACAGUAAUGGACCAUCGAACAAACAGCCGUAUGGAAUGACAUUCACCGUCAGACCAGGAAGCAAACAGCCAAUCACACCCGUGAUUAAAGACGGUUCCCCCUGAACCGAAGAACAUUCUGGACUGGAAUUAUUAGAGAAACGUGCCUAACCUGUACAUACACAAACAUCUACCUUAUUUGAAUGUAUUGCACCUGAUAUCAAACUUUAUUAUUUAAGUAUUACUGUAACUUUGUAAGGUGUUUGACGGCUGUCACUGCAGUAUCGUUACAGGACGGUUAUGAACACAGAAGGUUGUUUGUUAAUCUCUCAUAAGCGAUUUUCACUGCAGUUCAGUUACAGACUUAUAUAUAGCUCUCUAGAGCUACUAAAAUUGCUCAAAAGAGCAAAUUUACCGGUAUACACAAGAUAAACUAUACACAAACUAAAUCUUUUCAUUUUGUAGUAAUUUAAUGCAAUUGCCAAUCAGUUGCUUUUUUUAAUCAGGUUAAUUUUGAUGUUUCCACAAGAACAUUUAAGGACACAAGUUCUUUUUUUUUUAAUUAUUAUCCCCUUUUCUCCCCAUUUUGGAAUGCCCAAUUCCCACUACUUAGUAGGUCCUCGUGGUGGUGCGGUUACUCACCUCAAUCCGAGUGGCAAAGGACAAGUCUCAGUUGCCUCCGCUUCUGAGACCGUCAAUCCGUGCAUCUUAUCACGUGACUUGUUGUGCAUGACACCGCGGAGACUCACAGCAUGUGGAGGCUCAUGCUACUCUCCACGAUCCACACACAACUUACCACACGCCCCAUUGAGAGCGAGAACCACUAAUCAAGACCACGAGGAGGUUACGUUGGGUUAACUCCUUGUGGUCACUAUAAUGUGGUUCUCGCUCUUGGUGGGGCAUGUGGUGAGUUGUGUGUGGAUUCCGCGGAGAAUAGCGUGAAGCCUCCACGCACGCUAGGUCUCCAUGGUAAUGUGCUCAACAAGCCACGUGAUAAGAUGCGUGGAUUGACGCUACAGCUUUCAAUACGAGAGUUCUUGCAAUGGCGCUGGAUUUAUCCAGGUCAAAAAUAACACAUCUUUAUGAAUCUAAUUAUAAAACAAGCCUUAAGAUACAAUUAUGUUUAGAAAGCGCUGUUAUACAGUAGUUCCUUCCAGAAAUUAUUGAGCAGCUUCUUGUCGAAGAAGUCUGCUUUUGAUUUAUGCUGCUUUGAAUAGUUAUGUUUUUAAUAACGAAUCUCAACCAAGAUGAACUUCUGGAGUUGUGCCUAUUUUUGUAUUAACCUUAAUUUUGUGUGGAAUACGCAUUUGUCAUACUAAAAAGUGGCUAGUAAAUAAAUGUAAAUAAACGCUUUGCUUUAUAUAUGCAAGAUUUUAAUUGAAGUGCAGAGUUGGACACUGAAUAAACCUCUUUGGGUGUUUAUUUAUGAAGCAUGUGGGAAAUGACUCAUAUCAAGACU